GCAGGCCGGCAGGGAAGGGUUAACGCGGCCUCCGGGGAGGCCCUCCCGCCGCGCGGCCCUGGGAGACCUAUAAAGCCGCUCCCGGAGCCAGUGCCGCUGCCGCUGCCGGAGAGAGUGAGGGGCAGGCCUCCGCCUCCACGUGGGGCCAGCGCCCUGUGAGCACUCUCUGCGGCUGCUCCAGGGGACCCCGAGGCCACGAGGGUCCACCCAGAGAAAGCGCCAGGCCAGGUACCAGCUGCGGCACAGGUGCCCGCGGGGAGCGGGUCCGGCGGUGGAGCGCACCGGGGCUGCCCCGUGCAGAGGAGAAGAUGGGCCUGCAGGCGGAGGCAGGCCUCUCCGAGCCCGGGCGCCGGCCUGGGAGCCUGCGUGCAGCGCAGACACGCGUGUGAGUUCCCGCGCCGCGCCCAUCCUCGGCAUGGAGACGAGCCCCGGCCCCCGCAACGGCACCCCCGUGGCGUUCGGCCUGUCCCAGGCGAACCGGACGGGCGAGCUCGCGGCGCACCAGCAGUACGCCGUCGGGCUCUUCCUCUCCUGCCUCUACACCAUCUUCCUCUUCCCCAUUGGCUUCGUGGGCAACAUCCUGAUCCUGGCGGUGAACAUCAGGUUCCGGGACAGGAUGACCGUCCCCGACCUGUACUUCAUCAACCUGGCGGCGGCGGACCUCAUCCUGGUGGCCGACUCCCUGAUCGAGGUGUUCAACCUGGACGAGCAGUACUACGACAUCGCCGUGCUGUGCACCUUCAUGUCCCUCUUCCUGCAGGUCAACAUGUACAGCAGCAUCUUCUUCCUCACCUGGAUGAGCUUCGACCGCUACCUGGCCCUGGCCCGCGCCGUGCGCUGCGGCCCGUUCCGCACCAAGCAGCACGCCAGGCUGAGCUGCGGCCUCGUCUGGCUGGCCGCGGUCUCCGCCACGCUGCUGCCCUUCGCCGCCGUGCACCUGCAGCACGCCGGCGACGGCUGCUUCUGCUUCGCGGACGUCAAGGAGGUGCAGUGGCUGGAGGUCACCUUGGGCUUCAUCGUCCCCUUCGCCAUCAUCGGCCUCUGCUACUCGCUCAUCGCCCGGGCGCUGGUCCAGGCUCACCGGCACCGGGGCCUGCGCCCCCGGCGGCAGAAGGCCCUGCGGAUGAUCGUGGCCGUGGUCCUCGUCUUCUUCGUCUGCUGGCUGCCCGAGAACGUCUUCAUCAGCGUGCAACUCCUGCAGCGGACGCCGCCGGGGGCCUCGCCCUGCCAGCAGUCCUUCCGCCACGCCUACCCUCUCACCGGGCACAUCGUCAACCUCGCGGCGUUCUCCAACAGCUGCCUGAACCCCCUCAUCUACAGCUUCCUGGGGGAGACCUUCCGGGACAAGCUGAGGCUGUACGUCGAGCAGAAGACAAGCGUGUCGGCUCUGAACCGUUUCUGCCACGCGGCCCUGAAGGCCUUCGUUCCGGACGGCCCCGAGCAGCCAGAGGUGAGGCUCAGCAGUGUGGCGUAGACCCGGCGGCACCAGCCGGCUCGCGGCACCGCCCGGGGCCGGAGGCCACAGAGCACCGCCACAGACUCGCGUCCCACUCGGGCCCCCGGCCCCCCGCUGGCCGCCCGAGGCUGCCCCUGCAGAGGUGUGCGUGCCCUCCU